CAGCCAGUUGGAGGCAGGACAUGAUGGAGGGAAGUGCGGCCCACGUGGGCCAUAAAGUGGCCAUGGCCGGUGGUGAUGUUGGCCUCGGCGGCCCACAAGUCAAUGGUGGAAACCCAGUGCGUAGUGUGGAAUCCUUGCUAGAUAUCUGUGCCAAAAUAGUGGCUGAACACAUACCGUUCCAGCGGAUAGAGGAGCGGUACAGCCGAAUCCCCGAGCCCGUACAGCGACGGAUCAUCUACUGGUCCUUCCCGAGGCAUGAGGCCGACAUCAGGAUGUACUCUUGCUUCUCCUCGGUGGGCAGUGACCAGCAGAGUCUGCCCUUCUAUCGUGGCCUCCGCCUCGUUGAGUCUGGCAUGGUAGAUGGCGUCUUACAAGUCGGUUUCCACCUCUCCGGGACGGUGAUGUGUACUCGGAGCUCCGUGGGUCCUCUCGCCGCUGCUGCCACCACCACCACCACCACCACGGCCGUCGACUCCACCACCACCUCCACAACCACCUCCACCACUACCACCACCACCACCACCAACACCACCUCAUCCACCAACACGGCCCCACAAAAGUGCCAAGUCUCCAUAUCUUUCGACAGAUGCAAAAUCACGUCUGUGACGUGUUCGUGCGACACACGUGAUAUCUUCUGGUGUCCGCACGUGGUAGCUCUCUCCCUCCACCGCAUCCGCCACGCCGACACCGUCCACCUCAGGAUACCCAUCUCAGAGACGCUGCUGCAGAUGGACCGGCAGCAGUUGCAGAAAAUGAUGCAGUACCUGAUCAGUGAGCACCAUACGGAGGUGCUACCCACCGCCCAGAAAUUGGCAGACCAGAUCCUCCAACACAAUCACCCUAUCAACCACAUCCAAGGUGCCCCAGACCCUACGGCAGGAGGCAGCGCUGAAGAAGAGCACUGUUGGCACCUGGAUGCUGAACAGGUGAAGGAGCAGGUGGGGCAGUACCUCACCCAGGGCGGCUACUACAAUGCCAACAAGCAACUAUAUUUUAUGUUUACUAAGGUGCGGGAGAUGAUUCGGGCUAGAGACAGUAAUGGUGCUAAAAUGCUGACAAUGAUCACUGAGCAGUUCCUUAAUGACCCCAGACUCUUACUCUGGAAAUCCCAGGGUACUCCCAUGACAGACAAAUGUCGACAACACUGGGAUCAUAUAGCUACUUUAUGGGUGUGUGUUGUGCUAGCCCCACAUAGUGGAAUGUUAGUGAAGCAGCAGUGGCAGAGAACUCUAGAGCAGUGGGCACAUACUGAUGUCUGUCCUCUCGAGGAUCCUGACCACAGACACCAAGAUACCAAUGACAGAAAUCAUUCAGCAGCUUACUACUUGAGCUCUGAUGAGGAAUCUAGUGAUGAGGAUAAUGAGCUUAGAAGAAGAGAUGCUAACAGGGAUGGCAAUAAUCGAGAUCACUACCAUCGUCACCAUCAUAACCAUCCACAUCAUCAUAACCAAAGGGAAAUUCGAGAUAGAGAUAGAAGAUCUUCUCACAGACGACACAAGAGACGGAGGAUUUCUGCACCUCCAAGAACAAUAUUUCAUCGAGCAAUAGAUGCAUGUAAUAUGUCUUGGGAUGACCAACACUUGCAAACAAUUCUUGCUGGUGAAACUCCGGUGCUAAGGACUUCACAACAUUCAUCUUCAUAUUACAAUGAGCAAGGGCAACCUCUUUGGCAUGAACCAGUGCCAGUAGCAUGUUCUCGUGUUGAUGCUCUGAGAUCACAUGGCUAUACCUCUGAAGCAUUAAGACUUGCAGUAGCUGUGGUACGAACAUUAAAGCAAGCACAGAGAGAAGCAUAUCUUUGGUGGGGAAGUAAGAGGGAUGAAAUGCUUCCGAGGUGUUCUGCCUCAAGAGCAUGUAGAUCCCUUGGCCCAGGAGCAUUAGAAAGUUGGGUGGGACAUCCUUUAGACCCCAUAACCUGUCUUUUUGAUACUCUAGCUGAAGCCUCCCUUUUACCUGAAGAUUUACCACGAUUCCAGUACCACAGUGAUUGGCUAGGUGUAGCUAAUGAAGAUGUCACAAACCUGGCACCACUUAGGUAUCGUCAUGUUCCCAUCCCAGGCUCCAGCGAUCCCUGGGAAUCCUAUCUUACCUUAGCCUUGGAGGCUGCACUAAUUGGUCUUGGUCAGCAACGUGCUAUGCCUCCUGGACUCUAUGCUCAAGAAAAAGCCUGCAAACAAGAAGAAAAAAUGAUACUAAAACUUCAAGAACUUAAUCUUGAUUCUCCCCUCCUAGCAGUACUACGUCGUCAAGCUAGAUUGCUUUUAGAGGGUGGCCCAUUUUCUGGGCUUGGUGAGGGCAUCCACCCUGAGAGUGUACCAAUGCAUACAUUCACAAAGUUCCUAUUCACUGCUCUUUUGCCUCAUGAUCCUGACCUAGCAUAUCAACUGGCUUUAAGAGCAAUAAGAUUACCAAUCCUAGAAGAUCAUGAUGAUGUAGAUGAUCCAGUCAAUGGUAAUGUGUCUUCACUGGUGCUGUCCCGAUACCCUCGCUGGUUCACUUUGGGUCACAUUGAAACUCAACAGUGUACCCUUGCCUGUACAAUGAUAAAUGCAGCAAAGAAUGAUGUUAUGCGGCUACGAUCAGUUUUGGAUGCUGCCUUAAGGAACAUUCACAGCUCCUCUCAUCUCUUCAAAUUGGCACAGGAUGCUUUUAGACUUGGGUUACCUGGAGAAGGUCAAAGAAACUCACUUCUUCUUAAUGCUGCCUUGGAACUUGGGCUUCAGGUAAUGCGGAUGACCCUUACUUCACUCAACUGGCGGCGUCGAGAAAUGGUUCGGUGGUUGGUUACGUGUGCAACUGAAGUAGGAGUAUCAGCUUUAAUUUCCAUCAUGCAGAAUUGGUUCACACUCUUCACUCCUACUGAAGCAACUGGAGCGGUAGCUUCAACUAUAAUGAGCCAUACGACUGUCAUGCGGUUGCAGCUAGAUCGUUCUAAGCAAGAUGAGCUUGCUGCUUGUGCCAGAUCCCUAGCUUUACAGUGUGCUACUAAAGUACGUAUUUUAAUAUAGCUUUGAUGUUUCUCUAAAUUCUUAGCUAUGAAUGUUAAAUAUAAAAAUUAACAAAAUGUUACUGAAUUUGUUGUUAAACACUAAGAGCUUCAUAUGUGAAAUAUUACCUGAAUAAUUUAAUAGUUUUGGAUCCUUAAUUCUCAAAAGAUAGUGUACUAUCUCUUUCCAGUGUCAUGUGGUAGGCAUUAGAAUGCUACUUAGUGCAGUGCAUGUUUGAAAAGGUCAGACAGCCAACUGAGUAUAUUGUUUUGAUUUUUUUGUAAUUCCCCAGAAAAACUGUGAAAGAUAAUUUGGUUGACUUUUAGACUUUAUUAAAUAAAUUCAUGGUGUACCAGAUUCUCAUAAAAUAUACUACUUGCACAUUUGUUGUUUAAGCAUUACUGAAGAGAGAUGAUGUGCUUCAAUUUGAGGCGAUUCAGUCCCAAAUUACCAGGCAAACAUUGAAAGAUUUCCUUUAAAUAACAAAAAGGCACAAUACUGUGACUGGAACAAUACACAUAUAAUCCGCGUAUAGGAGAGAGGAGCAUACGACGACGUUUCUGUCCAACUUGAACCAUUUACAAAGUCACAAAGGGGCCCUUUGUGGGCCCCUAGCUACCUUGCAGUGCUUCUUAGUCUUUGACUCCACUACUACUACUACCUCUACCACUACUUCUCAUCUUCCUCUACUACCUCUCUUGUCCCGUCCCUGUCUGCUGGCCUAUAUAUACUCCCUCCUCCUCUCAUGUCUGUUAGUGUGAAUGUGUAAAUGGUCCAAGUUGGACCAAAACAUUGUUGUAAGCUCCUCUCUCCUAUGUGCAAGUUGUUUGUGUAUGAUUUCCUUUAAAGUUUGUAUUCAUAUGUGUAUAUUUAUUCUUGAAUAUUUCUGUUCACGCUUUGUAUAGUUUUUUCAGAAUUUAGACUUGGCUGUUGCAUACUUUUGGCAUAACUGAAUUUUAGUUGUAUGUUCUUUCUUUGGAUGAUAAUCUGCCUCAUUCUCAAACACCAUAUUCCACAUUAUCCUUUAAACAUUGCUGUAUUCCUACCAUUAUUAUUGAUUGCUUUACAAUAGUUCUGAGACACCCAUCCUUACAGUUUAAUAUUUUUUCAGUGUGCAAGUGGCUUUCACCUUUGUAAAGGCUAGAACAUUUAAGAUUAAUUAUAAUUUUUUUUUUAAUACACUGUCCAUCUACCACAAAGGCAAGGUGACCCAAAA